CCACCAUGACCCACCAGUUUCCAGCCCUCUCUACAGAGCAGAAAAAGACCCUCUCCGAGAUCGCGCAGAGGAUAGUGGCCACUGGCAAAGGAAUUCUGGCUGCAGAUGAAUCUGUGGGUACUAUGGGUAACAGGCUGCAGCGGAUCAGUGGAAAACACUGAAGAGAACCGGCUGCGGCUCUUCCGGAGACAUCCUCUUUCUCUUCAGAUGCCUCCAUCAGUCAGCAAAUUGGCGGAGUCAUUUUCUUCCAUGAGACCCUCUAUCAGAAAGACAAUGCUGGAAAGCUCUUCCCAGCCGUCAUCAAGGAUAAGGGCAUCGUGGUUGGAAUCAAGCUGGAUAAAGGUACAGCCCCAUUGGCAGGAACUAAUGGAGAAACCACCAUUCAAGGUCUGGAUGGCCUAGCGGAACGCUGUGCCCAGUAUAAGAAAGAUGGAGCCGAUUUCGGCAAAUGGCGCGCUGUGCUGAAAAUCACCGAUACCACUCCGUCUCCUCUCGCCAUCCAGGAAAACGCCAACACGUUGGCCCGUUAUGCCAGCAUCUGCCAACAGCAUGGUCUGGUCCCUAUCGUGGAACCCGAGAUCCUACCUGACGGAGACCACGACCUCCAACGCUGCCAGUACGUGACAGAAAAAGUGCUGGCUGCGGUUUACAAGGCCCUGAAUGAUCAUCACGUCUACCUGGAGGGAACUCUGCUGAAACCCAAUAUGGUGACUGCUGGACAUUCUUGCUCCAAGAAAUACACCCCUGAAGAGGUGGCCAUGGCGACUGUCACAGCCCUCUCUCGCACUGUGCCCGCUGCUGUUCCUGGGAUCUGCUUCCUUUCUGGAGGCCAAAGUGAAGAGGAGGCUUCUGUCAACCUCAACGCCAUCAAUCUGUGCCCCCUGCCAAAACCGUGGAAGCUGACUUUCUCCUACGGGCGGGCCCUGCAAGCGUCAGCUCUCGCCGCAUGGGCUGGCAAAGCCGCAAACAAGAAGGCUGCGCAAGAGGCCUUCUGCAAGCGGGCCAAAAUCAACGGUUUAGCCUGCAAGGGCCAAUACGCCACUUCUGGAAAGAGCAGUGCAGCCGCCAGCCAAUCACUUUUCACUGCGAGUUACACCUACUAGAUCCCUGCUAGCGACCAGCUCGUUCUUCUGUGCAGAAGGAGGAGGCUCAAAAGGAAUCGUUCCCAUAACUCAAUCUGGUGGGAAGCUGAUCUGGAACGAUUAGCACCUUUGCAUCCAUCUAUUCUUCAACGCAAGGCUGACAUAGCCCCCCACGUCCACACACGACAAAGAAAUUGGACUGGUUUUAUAGGUCCGUUCUUAACUGACUUUAAUUCUCUCUGAAGAUGGCUGGGUUUGAGAGGAGUCCAUAGCUAACUGGAAAGCUGAUCAAUAUCAGACCCCAAAUUAUUGUCACUAGAAAUGAAUAAGAGUUGGUUUUUUAUACCCUGUUUUUCUCUAUCGAAAGAAGUCUCAAAGCGGCUUAUAAUCACACAACACCUCCCCGCAAAACACACACUUUGCAAGGUAGAUGAGGCUGAGAGAGAUCCGAGAGAACUGUGACUAGCUCGAAGUCACCCAGCCGGCUUCAUGCGGAGGAGUGAGGAAUCAGACCUAGCUGUCCAGAUUAGACGCUUCCAGCCUUGAGAAUUUGAAAACCAGAGAAAAAUUGGAACCCCUUUAUUGUAAAAUGUUCCCAGUCCAUAAACUGUGAAUUAUGUUCCUGCUGCAGCAAAAAUAAUAAAUGCCUGUUAAAAAUU